UAACACCAUCCAUGAAUGCGUUCCACUUGGUUACUGUGCGCCGUGCGAUUUAGCUGUCGUAAAUUUUAGUGCCUGAGAGACAGAGAGAACCGCACACAAGCACGAGAUAGUAUUUGACUUUUUGGUGGAGAGAGAGAGAGAGAGAAAGAGAGAGACACGAUGGAAUCGCCAUUCAAGGAAAACAUACUGAAAGGGAAGGUAGCUCUUAUCACAGGAGGAGCUUCCGGAAUCGGCUUCGAGAUUUCCACCCAAUUCGGCAAACAUGGUGCCUCCGUCGCCCUCAUGGGUCGCCGCAAACAAGUCCUCGAUUCUGCUGUUUCCGUUCUCCAAUCACUUGGCAUCCCCGCUGUUGGCUUUGCGGGAGAUGUGAGGAAGCAGGAGGAUGCGGCAAGAGUAGUGGAAUCGACUUACAAGCAUUUCGGAAAGAUUGACAUUCUUGUAAACGCAGCAGCUGGAAACUUUCUUGUUGCGGCAGAGGAUCUCUCUCCGAAUGGAUUUCGAACUGUAUUGGAUAUUGAUUCUGUUGGAACAUUCACAAUGUGUCAUGAAGCACUAAAAUAUCUCAAGAAAGGGGGCCAAGGAAGGACAACUUCUGGUGGGGGAACAAUAUUGAACAUUAGUGCUACCUUGCAUUAUACAGCUUCUUGGUAUCAAAUUCAUGUGUCUGCAGCUAAGGCUGCAGUUGACUCCAUUACAAGAAACUUGGCAUUAGAAUGGGGCACAGACUAUGACAUUACGGUCAAUGGAGUUGCACCUGGACCAAUAGGUGACACUCCUGGCAUGUUUAAACUGGACCCUGAAGAAAUAAAUAGCAAAGCCAGAGAAUACAUGCCUCUGUUUAAAGUUGGGGAGAAAUGGGAUAUUGCAAUGGCUGCUAUCUACCUAGUAUCAGAUGCAGGAAAAUAUGUCAACGGCCACACUCUUGUAGCUGAUGGAGGACUUUGGCUGAGCCGGCCUCGGCAUCUGCCAAAAGAGGCGGUGAAGCAGGUCUCCCGAGCAGUGGAAAAGAGGUCCAGAAAUGCACCAGUUGGUGUUCCAAAGAGCAAGCUAUGAUGUGUAAUGUAAUAUUAAAGGGGAUAUGAUCUCUAUUACAUUUAUAUAUAAUAUACCCCUACAGUGUUAUUUUUUUGAACAAAUUAGUUUCUAAAUAAAAAAUCCCUUUCAAAGAUUAA